AUGGACACUUGUGAUUACAAAUUAAAUGUCAAUUACCCGUUUAAUUUAGACGAAGAGAGGAAAAAAAAAAAAAAAGAAAAAAAACAUAUAGAAAUUUUCUACGAAAAUGAUUCUUAUUUGUAUUCCCCUUGCAUAGACGUGGAAGGUGCGUUGUGCGUUAUUGCAGCUGGGGGAGAAAUCUUCAGGUAUAAAUUAGAAAGCCAGAAAAGGGAUGGAAAAGGCAGAGACAAAUUAGCUUCGACGUCGUCAUCAAGUGAAGAGGAAGAUGGAGACGCCACAGAUGAAGGUGGCAGCGACAGCGGAGAAAAUGGUCAAAGUGAUCAAAGCGGGGAAGAUGUACGAAAUGGAAGAAAAAAAACGAAUGCUCAGAACGCAGAGCGAGAAAAAUAUCAUAGCACUGAUGUUGAAGCGGAAUGCUUGUGUGCGGACAACGAUUACAACUUCUACGUUUUCGACCCUAUGACCCGCGGGCUGAUGGUGAUAAACAAGAAGAAAGAAAUGGAGUUGUACACAGACGAGUACGAAGAUCAGCAUUUCCACGGAGUGAACAAUUUGGUUUAUGAUAAAAAAAGGAACAUCCUAUACAUUAUCGAUUCGGGAAACAUCAAUGAAGAAAAUAAGUGUAACUUGUUCUAUGUAAAUAAAGACAUAGAAACGAUGAUGUCCAUAGAUAUUCCAAACAUGUCGUACGCACAUAACCUAUGUGUAUAUGAGAAGGGUACGGCGAAUGAUAUAUACGUCUGUUUGACGAAAGAAAAUAGAAUUGUGAGAUUAAUUAGUAGAGGAAAUUCUUACAUUAAGUGUCACUUUCUACAGAUAGAUGGUUGCUACUCCCCUUUGUUCAUUUGCACGGAUAAUACGAACUUUGUUGUGCUGCUCAAAGAUUUAAGUGGUUGCCAAAAAAGGGGGAAACUUCUCGAAAUAGAUUCCAACGGGGAAGUAAUAAACACCAUUUUCACGGACGGCUGUCAGUUUAAUGGCAUAUGUUACGACGAUAAGGUGGAGAAGUAUUUUUUCAUCGAGAGGAAUGUUAUUUAUACGUAUUAG